AUGAUGCAGGAAAAUGGUCUUCCUUCAGAGGACAAUCCGUAUGUUUUUAAUGGUGAUUUUGUAGAUCGAGGAAAAAAUUCCAUAGAGAUCCUAAUGAUCCUGUGUGUGAGUCUUCUUGUCUACCCCAGGGACAUGCACUUGAACAGAGGGAACCAUGAAGAUUUUCUGAUGAAUCUGAGGUAUGGCUUCACAAAAGAAGUUUUGAAUAAAUACAAGCUACAUGGACGAAAAAUCUUGCGACUCUUGGAAGAAGUCUAUACCUGGCUCCCAAUUGGUACGAUAGUUGACAACGAAAUUCUGGUCAUACAUGGUGGGAUAUCAGAGUCCACAGACUUGAAUUUACUCCACCAUCUAGAGAGAAACAAAAUGAAAUCUGUGCUAAUGCCACCAGUGCCAUUAAAUGAAGACCUUGCCUCUGACUUCCAGAAAACUAAAGCAGGUGCAAGUGCGAUGCCUGGAAAAUCAAAUACAUCCCUUCCUGAGCAGUUAUCAAAACAUGAAUGGGAACAGGUUGUUGAUAUUCUGUGGAGUGAUCCCAGAGGCCAAAGAGGCUGUUACCCAAACAAAAGUCGGGGAGGAGGCUGCUAUUUUGGACCAGAUAUUACUUCCAAGAUUCUUAGUAAAUACCAUUUGAAGAUGCUCAUUCGGUCUCAUGAAUGUAAGCCUGAGGGUUAUGAAGUCUGCCAUGAUGGGAAGGUUAUUACUGUAUUUUCUGCAUCUAAUUAUUAUGAAGAAGGCAGCAAUCGAGGCGCUUACAUCAAACUGGGUCCUGGUAUGAAGCCUCGAUUUGUCCAGUACCAAGUAACUGAGUUAACGUGCCCAAAGCCUCUUUACCAAAGGGUGCAUGCUAUUGAAAGUAGUGCCAUCAGGAUACUAAAAGAGAGAAUUAUUUCACGAAAAUCUGACCUCGUUUGUGCUUUCGAACUUUAUGAUUGCAGUAAAUCAGGAAAACUUUCUUUGGGCCAGUGGGCUUUUUCCAUGGAGAGCAUUUUGGGGCUGAACUUACCAUGGAGAUCCCUGAGAUCGCAUCUGGUAAACACAGACAAAGAUGGAAAUAUUGACUACAUGUCCAGCUUCCAGGAUAUCCACAUUCAAAAACCUGUGAAAGAGGCUCAGUCUACUCUAAUUGAAACUGUGUACAGAUACCGAUCUGACCUGCAGAUCAUAUACAAUGUAAUUGACUCUGAUCACUCAGGCCUGAUUUCCAUGGAAGAAUUUCGUACCAUGUGGCAACUUUUCUGUACUCACUACAGUGUUCACAUUGAUGACUCCCAAGUUGAUGAGCUCGCCAACAGAAUGGACCUGAACAAAGACGGAAACAUUGACUUUAACGAGUUCUUAAAGGCUUUCUAUGUAGUGCAUAAAUUUGAUCAUCUGAACAAAUCAGACACCAACCUGGCUGGCCAAAAAUGAGGGCUUCACUCGGCCUCCGUGUAUAUAGCUGGAUCCUAAUCACAGACAUAAUAUUUACCAGGACCCUUGAAAUUCAUAGUCAGUAGUAGAGAAGAGUAGUCCCCAGCUCACUCCACAAACAAAUGCAUGAUAUGGAUGUUGGAAAUUCCUAGUGAAUUGUUAAUGUUAAGACUAGGUUAAAUGUCAUCUGACAGGAUUUUGUUCCAGUAUUAGGACCCACACAUUGCCAGGGAGAAACUGAGUUUGAGUCUAGUGUUGGUCUCUUAGAUGCCACCUAACUGGGAGACCAGAGUUUGGCAACAUACUGAAAGACACCCACUGAGCACCAGAGAAAACGAUUCAGUGCAACAUCUGUGUAUGGCUGAGGGAUGGGAGGAGGAAUACCAAACUGUUAA